CGCUGUAGGCAGAGCAGGGAGGCGGAAAUAUUUCAGUACCCUUGAAGCGGACAGCUCUCCCCGGGUCCACACGCGUCUGAGCGCCGGGGCUCUGCAUCCGAGCCUGGUGGGCAGAAGGAUCAGAAUAGAUACCUGAGCUGGGGGAGGGUUUACCCGCCACAUUAAAGGCGAUCACCUCCCCACUUUAGCACGAUCGUGACCAGCAGUAGUGGAAGGGUGAGAAGGAGGGAGCAGAAGAGGGGAGCAGAGCAGCAUCACUACAGAGAGAGAGAGAGAGAGAUGGCGGAGUGCGGGCGGAAGGCGCUGUCUCUCCUGGAGGCGGCCCGCUCCCGGUAUGAGAGCCUGCAGAUAUCCGACGACGUGUUCGGUGAGUCCGGGGACGACAGCAGCGACAAUCCCUUCUACAGCACCUCCGGAGACUCUGACUCUGAUAACUACAUAGCCGAGGCAGGGGAGGAGGAUCAGCAGCAGCACCACCAACAUCACCAACACCACCACCACCAACACCAGAAACGAGGCGACAAGGAGAGCGGGCACAGCGGGAGCAGCGGAACCGGUCCUCCGGGCUCGCUGUCACGGAGUCAGGCGGAGGAGGAGGGCUGGACGGAGGCUCUGCAGGAUGUCACGGUGCCGCCGUACAAAGAGACAUACGGCCCCGCUCAAAAGAUGUCAGCCACCGCCACUGCCUUGGACUUCUUCCAGCUCUUCGUCCCAGACAACUGCAUCCAGAACAUGGUUACCCAGACAAACAUGUAUGCCAAGAAGUUCCAGGAGCGCUUCGGCUCAGAUGAAGGCUGGCGUCCCGUCACGGCCCAGGAGAUCAAGGCCUUCCUGGGCUUCGUCACAUCCACCAGUGUGCACCACUGUGAGUCGGUACUUAGCAUCUGGAGCUCUGGCUUCUUCAGCAACCGAAGCAUCGCCUUGAAGAUGAGCCAGGCUCGUUUUGAGAAGAUCCUCAAGUACUUCCAUAUUGUGGCUUUCCGGCCGUCUCAGGGGAGCAACCAGGGCCUGUACAAGAUCCAGCCAUUCCUGGACUCGCUGCAGCAGUCAUUUGGCUGCACCUUCAGACCUUCACAGACACAGGUUCUUCAUGAGCCGUUGAUAGAUGAGGAUCCGGUCUUCAUCACCACCUGUACAGAGAGAGAGCUGAGGAAGAGGAAGAAGAGGAAGUUCAGCCUCUGGGUUCGACAGUGCACCUCCACUGGAUUCAUCUGUCAGAUCUCGGUCCAUCUGAAGGAGGGCCAGGGUACAGAUGCUCUGGCCACCUUGAAGAACAAGCCUCAGCUCCACAGCCUCGUUGCCAAGCAGCUCUGCCAGAACAUCUCUGGCAAGAACACCAUCAUCUUCACGGGCCCGUCCAUCACCAGCCUCGGCCUCUUCACUGAAUUCAGCAAACAAGAUAUCUACUGCUGUGGUCUGCUGAGCACCAGGAAGAGCGACUGUACCGGAUUACCACAAAGCAUGCUGGUCUGCGGUGCGACACCUGCACAGCGCGGACAGUCAAGAGUGAUGAUGAAAGGCAGCAUGUCGCUGAUCAGCUGGUACAACAAGGGACACUUCAGGUUCCUGACCAACGCUUAUUCCCCCACAAAACAAGGGAUGAUCAUCAAGAGGAAAAGUGGGGAGAUCCCGUGUCCCUUGGCGGUUGAGGCCUUCGCAGCACACCUCAGCUACAUCUGCAAAUAUGACGACAAGUACAGCAAGUACUUCAUCUUCCAUAAACCCAACAAGACCUGGCAGCAGGUGUUCUGGCUGAGCAUCAGCAUCGCCAUUAACAACGCAUACAUCCUCUACAAGAUGUCUGACGCCUACACGGUAAAACGCUACAGCCGAGCGCAGUUUGGAGAAAGACUGGUCAGGGAGCUGCUGGAUUUAGACGACUGCUCCCCCACACAGUGAGGAGGAGGACGAGGACUACAGGAACACACACAAAAACACACAAACACAACCCCUACACACUAUAACACAUAUACACUGGUGUACAGACUCUGCAGUCUGUGUCUAUGUGAUGAAACUAAAGCAGUGCCAAGCUGAUGUCUCUCUUCCUCUAGUUGUUUCUGUGGUACUGUAAAUAUUCAUUCACACCACUGUACACCACGCAAUAGAGAAUCAUGAACCAUGGGACUGUUCACACAUGCCUCUACUGUUACUUCUACACACAGAUUUACUAAGGAUUUGUCAGCAGGAAUAUUUCACAUGCAGAGGAACAUGGAGAACAAUGAAGAAGGGAUAAAUUCACCCUUUAAAUGAUGUCAGCUUCAAGUUAACUCCUAUCACAGAGUGAAAUCCCUGAUAUGAGCCUGAAUCUCCACUGUGAGAGUUCAAAUAUGUAGUCAACAGGCUACAUGUAGCUCCAUAUCUGCACUCUGCUGAAACACCUGUAACAAAGCUUAGUAAACCAGGACUCUGGUGUGUUCACACGCUGCAUGCAUGAAGAAUCUGGAUUGUAGUGUUCAGUUGUUCAGUGUGAAAAUGAUUUCUGCUCAAGGUGGGUUUUAAAACUUUUAUUUUUGUUUGGUGUGUGUUUGUAUUUAGCAAGUGGACCUGAAAAUUUGUGAAUCUGAGGAUGUAAAUGUACAGCUAUUGUGAUCGGGAUGGGUUGUGCUGUUGUUUAACAUUUUUGCUCAAGGAAGACUGUCAGGGGAUGUAAAGCCACAGCCAGCAGUGUAGCACAGAUUCAAAACCUCUCAGAAAAAAUUCAAGGAAAAAUAAAAAACAGACUCUGUGCCAUUUUGGGUAUUUCUCAAUAAAAGACAACAUUAAUAAGUUUUAAUAAGGUGCAACUAGGGUGCAAAACGUUUCGACGCCCACUGCAGCUUAAGAGUGAAACAAGUUUUAGCUUAUCUAUAGGUGUGGUUUGAUAAGAUCUGAUAGAUUGCAUGAAGAUGGAAACCACUUAAAACCACAACAUUCAUCAGACUUUACUGAAAAUAUUGAAAAUCAUGCUCGGCAGCACUCUAAAUUCUUGUUGAAACUGAUUAGGAUUUUUUUUUUUUUUAAUUUGGUGGAAAUGAUUUGUUUGCGUAGACUCAAGUUUAAAUAUAUAAACUUCCACCUUCAAUGAGUUAAAAGAACUUGAAACAUCAGAGGCCACUGAUUACAUAAAAGUUUUAAGUAAUUGAAAAAACAGAUCAAAACAAAAUCAGGUACUUAGCCUUUUUAAGUUAUUGAAGUUCAGUUUAACUCAGAUUCAUGUUGGGUUGGCUUAACUUUGGUAAGUUAAACUACACUGCAAAAUACAAAUCAACAUGUUUAAGUACUUUUCAUAAAGAUACAUGUUUUUUAUCCACUGCAAUUUUCCCUUGUUUCUAUCAUGUGCUUUAAUCUUAAACACAAGGUAAGCCGACUCAAGAGACUACAAGUGACAACAGCUAAAAGGGGCACACUGAAUCAGGAAGUCCCCUCAGUAUACUGUCCAUUGUGUAUUGUGGUUGGUUCCCACAGGUGGGAGCUAUCUAACUGAGUCAGUAACUUCACACAUGAUGCAAAAGUGUCUAAUGCCCAGUGGCAUUCUGGGAAACUCUGCAGAUUUAGGAUAAUUGUCAAAGAUUUGAGUAUAAGAUAUGUUAAGUGAUUGAGUGGUGUUUCCCUAAAAGUAACAAUUGCAUUAUAUAGAACUGAAAUACUACCUGGAAUUAUAAGUUCACAAAAGUCAUUUUUAUUUCAGCAACCGUUAACUGCUCAAUUUUAAAGGGAAAGUCCAAUAGGUGCACUUUGAUCCAGAAUGUGUUCUUUCACAAAAUUCUGUAUCAUUAUCCUUGUUAUGUUGAGGUUUUUCUCUACAGGUGGGACUUCUCUAAUUGAGUCAGUAGUUUCACUCAUGGUGAAAAACUGUCUAAUGUCUAAAGGCAUUCUGAAAACAAUCUGCAGAUUAAGGAAUUAUUGUAAAAAAUUGAGUACAAAAUACUUAAAGUGAUUGAGUUCCAUUUAUUUAAACCUAAAAAUGUGUUCUCAGUAAGACAGAGCUGAAAUAGAUAUUUUAACAGUUGCACAAAAGUUCUUGAAAACAUACCAGUUUGAGGGGGUGAAGAGAGAGCCCCAACCAUAAAAAGACUCAAUGAGUAGUUGCUAAAUGUUUCAGAAAUAUUGUACUCAUGUGCUUUAAUAGCCAGACGUUUAAACUGCAGUGUGGUACUGAUGAUAAUCAAACAAUUACAAUACCGCGAACAAGAACAGAAACAAUAUCUAUCUUCUGUAAAAUGAUCAAAACUUGCAAGCGUACUCCUGACUCUGACAAUGUAUUUUUAUAACAGAGACAGUGUGUAAGAAUAAGUUUGCAAUUUCUGAUAGAUCCAUAGAGGUAGUUACUUGAAGUUGUGUUCUUUAAUGCAAAUGCUCAUCAAGUUAUGUAGAUUGAAUCAUUUAGAAGCUCCUAGUAUCCAUAUUUUGUAUAAAACAGUGAACAGUGAUGUCCCCAGUUAUAAAAAAUACUUAUAACUUAAGCAAAAAGAAAAGAAAAGCAAUAUGUGAAAAAUAUCCUUCUCCAUGUGAGCCAGAUGUGAACUGUUCAGUGUGUGAGACUUUCAGGGUCUUUGCAGUCAGCCUCAAGUGGACGCUCUUGGAACUGCAGUUUUUUGCACUUCUGCAUUGGCCUCAUUUUUCAGCAUUAGCAGCUGCUACCAAAAAGUGUCAAAAGAAUUCAACAAUACUUAGAAAACAGGUUUACAAGGUCAUAAAUAAAGGCACCUGAGCCUCAGCCCAACCAGAAGAUUUUUUUUUUUUUAUCACUCGUAUAGUUCACUGUACUUUAGCUUUGCAUGGCAGGAAACUAAAGAAAUUCUUGACUGGAAGUUCAGUAAUCUGGUGUUGCUAAGCAACAAGUUUAAUCUUGGCCAGUUGGCAAGGAUUUCAAAUGAUAUGUCUUGGCAAGAUUUAUGUCCAGGAAGUAAAAUCAGUGUCGGAUUGUAAGCUGUCUCACAGAUGUAGGUCAUGAUGAUCCUGCCUUGACCUGAAACUCAUCAGGACCUUUAGAUGCAAAAUCAGUUAUUCAUUUUUUUGCUUAUUUUAAAAAGUGCAACUCUUUUUUAAAGUGAAACUUAUCUUUCACCCCUAACCCUAUUAUUUGUAUUUUCUAUUUCAGAGUAGAACAAUGCAUUUACAGUAGGGUUGUCAUGAUAACAGAAUUUUAAACUUAGAUAUGAUACUAGUAAAAAUCAAAUGGUAUUGAUACCUGCUUUGAUGCCAUGGCAAAAACAAGCAAAUCCUAGAUGACAAAUAUUAUAUGGAUUAUAUGGAUGCAAUUUGGUCUGAACAUGAAUGAUGAUCUCAUCUAGAGCUGUGGUUCCCAACCUCUUUUCCUCAGGGCCCCCUUCUCAAAUCUGAGAGAAGCUCAGCCUCUCCAGGGCCCAUCUGGAAGAAUUAAACAUCAAUUUAAACUGAUUUCAUUGACACAAUCCCAACAUAAUGGACCUAUUUAUUUGUCAAAGGACAUGUGAAUAAAUUAUCCAUUAUUACAAUGCUGCCUUAGUGCCACAGAGUUAAAUAAUAAAGAGGAUCUGCUAAUUUUUGAGGAAAAAAAAAAAUCAAAAUUUUCAGGUUUAAAUAGCUGCAGCUUUAAACUAUAAAUGUUGUAUAUUCACGUGAAUCAAAACUUAGAAUUUUUGAGAAUAUAAAGUCAAAAUAGCUAAGGGCAAUAGUACUGCAGCUGAAAGCCUAACCAAAUUAUACUUUUACUUGGACUGAUCAAUAAGGAAAUACUUGAGGUUUUAGCCCAGAAUCAUCACAUUGUCAUCAUCAUCUGGAUUAGAAGAGACAUUUCUGUAAACUAGGGCUAUCCUAACUGUUUUACUUUGGUUUUUUGUAAAUUUACAACUUUAUAAUGUUGUCAAUUUAUGAUUUAAAAACUUUUAAUUUUUGAUUUUAUUAUGUAAAAAUUUACUAACUUUGAAACUUGGAAAUUUUGAGUUUUCUCAUAAAUUUAUAACCAUUUUAAUUCUGAAAUAAUUAGUUUGGUUUCUUGUACAUUUCCAACUGUAUAAUUUCAAAAAUUCAAGCUUUUUUCUUUAAAAAAAAAGCAAAGACUGUGACUUUUUUCACAAAAGUAACAAAUCCUGUUUAUUUUUUAUCGUUUAGGUGGUCCUGCCAUUGUACAUUAAAACGUAUGCACAUGUAAUUUUGAAAACAUCAGAGCAGACAGUGCUCUGCUCCCCCCUGAGAUCUUUGGUGCUCUCCCCAGGGGUGGUUGGGAGCCAGUGAUCUAGAGGCAGGUUUUUUGCCAAGUAACAGACUCAUGGCUGCCCAUUCAUUUGUGUCCAGCCAAUAGAGGUAUCAACAGAGCAAUUUCAGAUAACACUUCCUCACACUGCUGUCUGUGGCUUUAACGCCCACUCUACAGUCCACUUUGCUUGUUGUUGUAAUGCUGAAAUCAUGUUGUGAAGAUUUAAAGUGAAAGGUUUUAAUGUGUGCCCGCUAAAUCAGCAUGGUUUGUGUGUAAGAUGAAGGUUUUCGUGGGAUUUGCUUGCAGGGCUCAUGCACUUUUUUCCCCAUCACAGUCUGGCACUUUGAGAAGAUUGUAAAGUUAGGCAGAUGUUUAAUAGAUAAUCUUUUUAGCUUUUAUUUGAAGCCAAUGAUACUAUACACUGCUCCCAAAAGAAUAUGGAAAAUAUGACAUGGUAAGUUGUGUAAAUAAUAGAUCAUUAAUGGACUAUAUGAAAAAAAGCCGAUGAAAUAAGGCUGAAAAUGAACAACCAAAACUGAAAGAUUUCCACUGUAGAUUUAGAGUACAAGGUCAAAUAUCUAAGUGUAUAUUUUGUUUACAAAUUACUGUGAGUGUAUUUCCAUAAUCACUCUGUCACUGAGACUCAAGAUUGUGAUUUUUUUAACUUUUUCACUAAUCCAAAGCAUCGUUGUUAUUGUUGUUGUUGCUCUUGUGUGUGUGAACCAUUGAAUGUUGUCUAAUCACUGUUCACCCUGGAAUAACACUUCUUAUCUUAGCAGGCACCCUUAUCCUGUCAUAUCAUUGUAAAAACACGGUUUAAAUACACAACGUAAGAUAGGAUGAAGUGUAUGGGUUCAUUUGAUGGAAAUGCAGAGAAGACUCAGACAUUUUAAAGCCAUCUUGCCUGAUAGACGUCAUUUGUCUUGUAUGAGUGAUUAAAGGAAAAUUCC